CUGUUCAAAAUCAACGAUUUGGACAUUUUGAUGGACGGAAGUGCUAGUGUUAUUUUCCGGCUCGUUGGUGUGUCGUCGUAAAUAUGUCUGCAACUGUGGCUAAGCCGCCGGUCAAAAAUGUCCCUAAAACAAAUGCAGCAAGCACGGGUGCGGCGGGCACGACUGGUGCUCCACCAGUUAUUCCUCUCGCCUCACCGCUGAUGGGGAAAAAGAAGAAACCUUUCCUGGGGAUGCCCGCACCGCUAGGUUAUGUCCCCGGUUUGGGUAGAGGGGCCACUGGUUUCACAACCCGAUCUGAUAUUGGUCCUGCUCGUGAUGCAAAUGAUCCAGUAGAUGAUCGACAUGCACCCCCUGGGAAGAGGACGGUUGGGGACCAAAUGAAAAAGAACCAGGAUGAUGACGAUGAAGAUCUGAAUGACACCAAUUAUGAUGAGUUUAAUGGAUAUGCAGGGAGUUUGUUCUCCAGCGGACCUUACGAGAAGGACGAUGAAGAAGCAGAUGCUAUAUAUGCAGCGUUGGAUAAAAGGAUGGAUGAAAGACGCAAAGAGAGAAGGGAGUUGAGAGAAAAGGAAGAGAUUGAGAAAUACCGUAUGGAGCGGCCCAAAAUUCAGCAACAGUUUUCAGAUCUGAAGAGGAAAUUGGCUGAGGUCUCAGAAGAGGAGUGGCUUAGCAUUCCUGAGGUGGGAGAUGCCAGGAACAAGCGCCAGAGGAACCCACGCUAUGAGAAACUCACUCCUGUCCCAGAUAGCUUUUUCUCCAAACACCUUCAAACUGGAGAGAACCACACCAGUGUGGACCCUCUGCAAGGGCUUGGUGGUCUUAAUACACCAUACCCAGGAAGUAUGACACCAGGCCUUAUGACGCCUGGGACGGGAGACCUGGACAUGAGAAAAAUUGGUCAGGCCAGGAACACACUCAUGGAUAUGAGACUCAGUCAGGUGUCUGAUUCGGUCAGCGGUCAGACAGUGGUCGAUCCUAAAGGGUACCUUACAGACCUCAACUCUAUGAUCCCCACGCACGGAGGAGACAUCAGUGACAUUAAAAAGGCUCGUCUGCUGCUGAAAUCAGUGAGGGAGACCAACCCUCAUCACCCACCUGCCUGGAUUGCCUCAGCCAGGUUGGAAGAAGUGACGGGGAAACUCCAAGUGGCUCGGAACCUCAUCAUGAAAGGCACAGAGAUGUGUCCCAAGAGCGAGGAUGUAUGGCUAGAGGCAGCCAGGCUCCAGCCCGGUGACACGGCCAAAGCUGUUGUAGCUCAAGCAGUCCGGCACAUGCCGCAGUCGGUCCGAAUCUACAUCAGAGCUGCAGAGCUGGAAACGGAUGUCAGAGCGAAGAAAAGAGUCCUCAGGAAGGCCCUGGAGAACGUGUCCAAGUCAGUACGAUUGUGGAAGACAGCUGUCGAGUUGGAGGAGCCAGAGGAUGCCAGAAUCAUGUUGAGCAGAGCAGUGGAGUGUUGCCCUACAAGUGUGGAGCUGUGGCUGGCUUUGGCUCGACUAGAGACUUAUGAGAACGCCCGACGUGUCCUGAACAAAGCUCGUGAGAACAUCCCCACUGAUCGCCACAUCUGGAUCACUGCCGCAAAGUUGGAGGAAGCCAAUGGCAAUACACAGAUGGUGGAUAAGAUCAUUGAGAGAGCCAUCACCUCACUGCGUGCCAACGGGGUAGAGAUCAACAGGGAGCAGUGGAUACAGGAUGCUGAGGAGUGUGACAAAGCUGGCAGCGUUGCCACCUGCCAGGCUAUCAUCAGAGCAGUCAUCGGGAUUGGCAUUGAUGAGGAGGACCGCAAGCACACCUGGAUGGAGGACUCAGAUAGUUGCGUGGCCCACGGAGCAUUGGAAUGUGCCAGGGCCAUUUAUGCUCAUGCUCUGCAGGUGUUUCCCAGUAAGAAAAGUGUAUGGCUUCGAGCUGCCUACUUUGAAAAGAACAAUGGAACCAGGGAGUCUCUGGAGACUCUGCUGCAGAAAGCUGUGGCUCACUGUCCAAAGGCAGAGGUACUUUGGCUUAUGGGAGCCAAAUCCAAAUGGCUUGCUGAGGACGUGCCUGCUGCCAGAAGUAUCCUUGCUCUGGCCUUCCAGGCCAACCCCAACAGUGAGGAGAUCUGGCUGGCUGCAGUCAAGCUAGAGUCUGAGAAUAACGAGUAUGAGCGAGCCCGUCGGCUGUUAGCCAAAGCUCGGAGCAGCGCCCCCACGGCCAGAGUUUUCAUGAAGUCAGUCAAAUUGGAGUGGGUGUUGGGGAACAUUGAAGCUGCUCAGGAGUUGUGCACAGAGGCCCUGAAGCACUAUGAGGACUUUCCGAAACUCUGGAUGAUGAGAGGCCAGAUUGAGGAGCAAUGUGACAACAUGGAUAAAGCCAGGGAGGCUUACAACCAAGGGUUGAAAAAGUGUCCCCAAUCUGUCGCCUUGUGGCUGCUGACGUCACGUCUGGAAGAGCGAGUGGGACAGCUGACCAGAGCCAGAGCCAUCCUAGAGAAGGCGCGACUCAAGAAUCCCCAAAGUCCAGAGUUGUGGUUGGAAUCAGUGAGAUUGGAAUUUAGGUCUGGACUGAAGAACAUUGCAAACACGUUAAUGGCUAAAGCUCUUCAGGAAUGUCCUAAUUCAGGGAUCCUGUGGGCCGAGGCAGUGUUUUUGGAGGCCAGGCCACAGAGGAAGACGAAGAGUGUGGAUGCUCUGAAGAAGUGUGAACACGAUCCGCAUGUGUUGCUUGCUGUGGCCAAGUUGUUCUGGAGUGAGCGGAAGAUCACCAAAGCCAGAGAGUGGUUCCUCCGCACAGUAAAGAUAGAGCCUGAUCUGGGAGAUGCCUGGGCUCUCUUCUACAAGUUUGAACUGCAGCACGGAACUGAAGAGCAGCAGGCAGAGGUGCGUAAGCGCUGUGAGAAUGCCGAACCACGUCAUGGCGAGCUGUGGUGUGCCGAGUCGAAACAUGUCCUGAACUGGCAGAAGAAGACAGCGGAGAUUCUUGCACAAGUCGCAAGCAAGAUCAAAAACACGUUCUGAGGCUGAGAAGUUGAACUCGUGCCGUACCAUGACAAGUCGCGGAAGAAAGAGGAACCCCUAUGGACUCAUGCAGCGUAGCUUUGUUGUUUGUAUUUGUCCAUUUGCAGCACACACAAUGUGAAAUGAUUAAUUGAUAUUGUGAUAAACUAAAAUUGGGCUUUCAUAAAAAAAAAAAAAAAAAAAGUUAAACGUUAGUUUUUCUGACUGUGACUGCUUAAUGACUUGAUCCAUAUCUGCAGCUACCUCAGGGAUAGGAUUGCAGUUAUUCCUGAUUGUACUUGGUGUUUUUUUUAUGAAUGCAACAUAGUGAGUCUUUGUUGCAUGUAAUGUACAGUAACUUUACCUUUCUCUAGUAGUGAAGAAUCCAUCACACCCACACUACUUGUGUGUGUAAUGUAGAACAACACAGUAAAAUUAAAUGGGAGGGAAGGGACACACCAGUGUCACAGAGAAGUCUAUCUAUUGGUCUCACUAAAUUGGGUAGAACCCAAGAGUUAGGAUAUUUUUCCUUAUUUUUUAUAUAAUCCAUUGUCAUGUGGUCUUUUAGUAAUUUGCCUCAAAAUACUUCACAGACACCAAUAAAGAAAUGUUGCACCACAUCUUCUCACUGCUUUUUCAGUUAAAGCUACGACAACGUUGUAGGCAUGAGCACCAGAUUUGUGUGUCGUGAUGUGUGAAGGAAAACCAUGAGGACUUUGAUUGAUUGCAUAGUCUUCGUUGACUCGGCAUGACCAGGUUGAGCCUUGCAAACUGCUGGACGAGGUUUGGAGAGAGUAUACCUAUACUGGAUCUUCAGUGAAUCCCACAGUUUUAGGUGCUGACUCGAUGGCUUUGCCUGCUUUGAGGAUCCAGCGAUACAAGACAUAAAUGUGUCAAACACUAAAGCUCCUCCAGAGUGUCCUGGUGCUCCUGUUGGCUACCGCUCGUGGAAACCGUACAUGUAACUAUCAAGAAAUACUGAGCUCUUACACUGAGGUCAUCUUUGUGGAGCUACAGAAUCUGAAUUUGACAGAUUCCAGUGAUACAUCCAAAGGGAGAGACCCCUGUCCUGGAAAGCAAGCUCAUCGUAUUCUGCGCUCCAUCUUUGUAAUGACUCGGCAGACCCGCUGUCAGAGAGAUAGCAAGCAUCCCUCUGACCUGGAUUGGCCCCUUGAGAACAUGGAGCAACUCGUUGUUCUUAACUGCAGUCCAGGUUACUUGGGCAAAGCAGUUUCUUGUUCAUAUGUCAAGAAAAUUCAAGGGAAGAAGAAAAAUAGGAGUAGAUCAAUUAAAUCUAUCAAAGCACUGAUUACUUGUUGGCAGAAACUCCGGAAUGUCUAUAUGCACAGCAUAUAAAGACAACAAUUCUGCAGGAUCACUGACAUGUGAUUGUCCCCUAUUCCCCCCC